UGUAUUCAGUCAGAAGUAACAGAUCACAGAUCACCGCUUUGUUUCUCCUCUUCAGACAAAGCUGGAGGAUAGAGGGAAAAAUGGAGCGCCUUUGGCUGUGGAGAUUUUUAAUACUGUUGCAAGUUUAUGAUUUAUGUUUGGUUUCGGCAUCAGGGAAACAGUGGAAGGAAAUUAGAGACAAGAUUUCUGAUGCUGUUAAAAAGUACACUCCGUGCAACCCAGUCAACUGCAGCUGCCAUCUAAGUGUUCUACAACAUGACUUGCAGCCCUUUGAAGGGGGAAUCUCUGAGGAUGUCAUGGCUGCGACGGUUCAAAGAGGGGUGGGCACCCACUACCAGAUCAUUGGGCACAAGUUGUACAGAGAUCACAACUGUAUGUUUCCUGCCAGGUGCAGUGGGGUGGAGCAUUUCAUUCUGGAGGUGAUUGACAGGUUACCUGACUUGGAGAUGGUGGUAAAUGUCAGGGAUUACCCUCAAGUCCCCAACUGGGUGCAGCCAACCCUGCCUGUCUUCUCUUUCAGUAAGACGGCAGACUACCAGGACAUCAUGUACCCUGCAUGGACGUUUUGGGAGGGCGGGCCUGCUGUGUGGCCCAUAUACCCUACUGGACUGGGAAGAUGGGAUCUGAUGAGGGAUGACCUUAAAAAGUCUGCAGCACAGUGGCCAUGGAAGAAGAAAGACUCCAGAGGAUUCUUCAGAGGCUCCAGGACUAGUCCGGAGCGCGACCCUCUGAUUCUUCUGUCCAGAGAAGCUGCAGAGCUGGUGGAUGCAGAGUACACAAAAAACCAGGCCUGGAAGUCUGAGAGGGACACACUAGGGAGACCCCCAGCUAAAGAAAUCCCACUGGUCGAUCACUGCAAAUACAAAUAUUUAUUCAACUUCCGAGGCGUGGCAGCCAGCUUCCGCUUCAAACAUCUCUUCCUCUGUGGUUCCCUGGUGUUUCAUGUGGGGGAUGAAUGGCAGGAGUUUUUUUACCCUGAGCUCAAGCCCUGGGUCCACUACAUCCCGGUCAAGCAGGAUCUCUCUGAUGUCAGGGCACUACUACAGUUUGUCAAAGAGAAUGAUGCCAUUGCACAGGAGAUUGCCACAAGGGGUAAGGAAUUCAUCCUUGACCACCUGCGGAUGCAAGAUAUUUCCUGCUACUGGGAAAGACUCCUCACUGAGUUUAGCCAUCUUCUCACCUACAAACCCAAAAGAAACAACAACUACAACCAGAUUGUCCACAGACCCAGCAAGACGGAGCUAUAGGAGAGACACUCUGCAGGACCAGGGCAGCUGUAGUGAAGGGAAACGCUACAUAAUGAAUGUAAUCACUGCACCACAACGUAUGAUUUCCUCACAAGUAAUGUUACAUGUCGAUGUUGAAGUUCCAUUUUUAGUCAAAUCACAACACAGUUUUUUUUUCUAAUCUAAAGCCUAAAGCUUUGUCCAAAUACUUUUCACGUUUAUUUCUAUUGAAUUUUAGUCUAAUGUGGAGCACGGCUGGACCAUGUGUCCUUACAGGAGUUAGUUACAGGGCACAUAGCUUAGUAUUAGCCAGUCAUAGGUGUAGUUUACUAUGUUGACUGUGGAUGCUGCCAUACCUUCAGGUGCCACUAGGGGGCUCAUAUGCCAAUUCUGAGUCCCUGAUCACUUUCAAUCACGUUCAAUUAGUUGAUUUGCUUCUAAAAAUAACUCCUUUUGUUAGGGCUGUUGUCUAUACUCACCAGCAAAGUAACAUCCAUGUGAGCUGUGUUUUUUUUACACAUUAAAGGGGCACUCCACAGAUUUUACACAUCAAGUUCAGUUUACUCAUCAUGACGAGUACUAAUCAGCCUGUAAAAGCAUUUGUAAAAUGUCUUCUGUGGCUCUGGAGCAUAGACUGUAAAUCAAGAUGGACGUCGCGUCUCCACUUCAUCCCACUGUACAAAAAUGAAGCCAAAAUAUCCCGAAUACGGGAGCUGGUGACGUCAUUUGGAGCCAGAGUCUGCGCAGUAGUUAUUGGGGUUGGAGCUGCGUAUCAAGGUCCCACCCAUACACCCGGCCGACUCAAUCACGAGCCGGCCUCAGCUGUCAAUCAUGACGUGUAACCCCCUUUUAUUGCACCAAAUAACUAAUUAGAACCAAACUUAUAUGUCUAAUGAAAAAUCAACUGUCUAUUGAGUUGCAUUGUGGGAAAUGGUAGGAUCCAGUGUUUUUGGAGCUUAACCCAUACGAAGAACUAAAAGUCAGGCUGUCUCAGCCUCUGCUAAUUCGAUUUUGACCAUCUCUUAUGAUUUCCCCAACGUUAUGGAAGUGACAUACUUAAUUGCUGGAGUCUUUAACAUGCAAUGUAAAAGACUUUACAUUGUCUUGCAACAUAAAUUACAUCUGGACUGGGCUUCAGACAGAUUUUCAUGAAAAUCAGACCUCUGGCAAAAAGCUGGUGGGGAAAGGAAAAAAUCUGAAUUGAACCCCUGACCUUUUGACCUUUUUCUGCACAUCCAGCUGUGGAGCACCUAAAACUCUAAUUUUAAAUACUUGAAUCAUAGCACAGUAAAGUGUGAUGGUGACUUUCGACACCUGCUCAAAUAUACACGAAUGAUGUGCCAAUGAUAAUACUAGUUAAGGUUGCCAUGCUGUUACAUAUUUAAUGCAGUCAAUUGUAUUGGAAGGAUUUCCUGAGAACUAAAACGUUGUAAUAUGCACCACGUGGAAUGCUUAUUUGCAAUUUCUGUAUUUGGCCUUUUUGUAUGUAGAAAAAUAUUGAAAAUAUUCAAUCCCAGGAACCCUGAUCUAAGUCCAUAUCUACUCAAGUCCUAUUAAUAUAAAUAAAGUAAUGGCCAAAAGUGAUAUUUACUUAGUUGAUAGUUAAUGUUAAGUACAUGGAAUCUGUUCUUGAUGGGGAAAAGUGCCAUCAGUGAAUCACUAAUACUGAAUAUUAUAGGCUGGUAGCAGUUUUGUGUUAAAGUAGUUUGUUUUAUCUUCGUGCCAUGAACAGUUAAGUUGAGCAUAAAGUUUACAGAGGACACCAGCUUUGCUACACUGCCCUCUACUGGACAACUGAAGAAACACCAAUAGACCUUUACCAAGGUUCACUACAACAACAUAUGCAUACUGUGUAUUGUUUGAUUUACUUGUUUAUUGCGACAAUGCUGUCAAUGUCUGCAUUUGAAUGGGUUCUGCCAUAAGUUUAAUUACUUGAAAGCAAAAAACAAUUAUUCACAGUCAACAUUACUCAUUCCACACUAAGUGCCAACAUUAAGCAAUAAUGACUUUAGAGUAAUUAGUUUUACUUUGAUGUGUGGAGUUUCCAAGAAACACUCAUGUUAGUUGUUUUUACCUUUUUUCAAAAGAAUCUGUCUUAAUGUUAAGAGAUGAUAGAUGGUGUAUAGUUGAUACAGGAUAAUGCUGAAUAUGUUGUAGUAUUCACAUUGUACCGUGAACAAGCAGGUAAAGAUGGUAAGUGUGUUGAUUUGACCAAAAAGCUGUGAUCAUGUGCCUGGUCAAAGUGUGACAUUCAGGUUGUUGUUACAUCUUGUGCAGCAUUUGUGUUUUUAUGCCAAUAAACAGUUUGGUUCUUAAAA